UCUUCUUCUCAACCUUGUAAUCAUCAUUCUCUCUCUCUCUCUCUCCCAUCUCAAGCAACCCCUUUUUCCCUCUCAAUAUUAACCCCUUCUCUCUCUAGCUAUCUUUCUCUCACAUUGAAACACUCUGUUUUUUCUUCUUUUUUUGGGUGGAAAAGUGGAAUAAUGACUCGGCUUUUCCGAUCCAAAUCUUGCGGUCUCGUCGGACUUUCCGAUCAGUUCAACACGGCCCCUCCGACACCAAAUUUCAUUAACGACGAUGAAGACGACGACGACGACGAAGAAGAAGAAGAAGAAGAAUUACAAGAAGAGCAAGAAUUCGAGAACGGCGAGGAGGAAGACGAGGAAGAAGACGAGGCUCUGUGCAUUAAUCCAAUAUCGACGCCGUUUAUAUCUUCGACAGCAAAAAACAAGAACAACAAACAAGGUCGGCAUUGCUGCCAUGCAAAUAGUAAUAGUAAUCAUCAGUCUGCGAUAAUGGAUAUCGUUGUGGCGGCGCUGAGGAAGUCGAUCGUGACAUGCAGUGUGGAGAGAGAGGAGGUUUCUUCGUCGUCGUUGGACAUCAGUUGGCCGACGGAGGUCCGGCAUGUCUCGCACGUGACCUUCGACAGGUUCAAUGGCUUCUUGGGUUUGCCCACUGAGCUCGAGCCUGAGCUUCCCAGAAGAAUUCCUAGCGCCAGUGUAAGCGUUUUUGGGGUUUCCGCACAGUCAAUGCAGUGUACUUAUGAUGAUAGAGGAAACAGUGUUCCAACAAUACUUCUCAUGAUGCAAAAGCGUUUGUAUUCAGGAGGAGGCCUUCAAGCAGAAGGGAUAUUUCGGUUAAAUGCGGAGAAUAGCCAAGAAGAGCUCGUCCGAGACCAAUUGAACAGGGGUGUAGUGCCACAUGGAAUCGAUGUUCACUGCUUAGCCGGUUUGAUAAAGGCAUGGUUUAGGGAACUUCCUACCGGAGUACUUGAUUCUCUCACGCCGGAACAGGUUAUGCACUGCAACGCGGAAGAGGACUGCACCAAGCUCGUGAAGCUACUUCCUCCCACGGAAGCUUCUCUACUUGAUUGGGCCAUUAAUUUGAUGGCGGACGUGGUGCAUCAUGAACAAUACAACAAGAUGAACGUGCGCAACAUCGCCAUGGUUUUUGCGCCUAACAUGACUCAGAUGGCAGAUCCACUGACCGCACUGAUUCAUGCUGUGCAAGUUAUGAACUUCCUCAAGACACUGAUCUUGAAGACAAUACGGGAGAGAGAGGAAUCGCCUAGCAAGCCUCGGUUAUUCUCUUCAUUCUCGAAACUUCCCACUAAAAUGAAGUACGUCUCUUCUUCAGAUUCAAAGAAAGAUCAAUCGACAGACCAAAAUUCAGACACUUGUGCAGUUAAGCAGCCUGACACUGGUAACAAACUGGGAACGACCACCUUGGACAGUCUAGAACCGGGUAUUGAUGAGAAACUCUGGUGUUCUCAGAUAAAGAGCGACAAUGAUGAAGAUGAAGACGAAGAUGAUACUAAAUCGAGAUCGGAUAGCAGCAUAACAACAUCUGCUCAUGGUUUUGGAAUGAGAGAGAGUGAAUGCAAAGGCAGUGGAUAUGAAAGUGGAGAUUGGCUAAGUUUGAGGAAAGGAGUGAGGAAGCUUUGCAGGCACCCUGUCUUUCAGUUGAAUAAGCCUGCAAAGAAGACUGCAACCCUUGGCAUUGUAAAUAGUAAUACUAGGGAACGGGGCGGAGCAGCUUGGGCAUAGCAGCAACGCCGCCGACAACACUAGCUACCCGUUGCUCAUGCGACGUUGAGUCUGUAUUCUAUUGGGAUUUGCGAUGAUAGUACUAGAUUUGGGUGUUUGAUUUGUAAGUGUAGCCCAGUUAAUGUUGUUCAAACAUGUUUGGAAAAAGUACUAACUAAGAAUAGAGACCUCUAGUGGAAAUGAUGUAUACAUAGAGAGUGUGUGUCAAGACUCUUUU